CUGUAAGCGGAAACAGCAGCUGGGGCCUGGAGGCCUGGGUAUAGCUGAGUAGGGAGCACUCGUGUGGGGCUAAAUGAAUGCAGUUGAAGAAUCUGGAUAGUCUGGGACCCUACAUGUCUUCCUUCUUUGCUUCCUUCCCAGGGACGCACUCUCUGAGAUAUUUUCUGGGCGUUUCGGAUCCUGGCCAUGGGGUCCCUGAAUUUAUUUCAGUUGGGUAUGUGGACUCACACCCUAUUACCACAUAUGACAGUGUCACUCGGCAGAAGGAGCCACGGGCCCCAUGGAUGGCAGAGAACCUCGCGCCUGAUCACUGGGAGAGGUACACUCAGCUGCUGAGGGGCUGGCAGCAGAUGUUCAAGGCGGAACUGAAGCGCCUGCAGAGGCACUACAAUCACUCAGGGUCUCACACUUACCAGAGAAUGAUUGGCUGUGAGCUGCUGGAGGAUGGAAGCACCACAGGAUUUCUGCAGUAUGCAUAUGACGGGCAGGAUUUCCUGAUCUUCAAUAAAGACAGCCUCUCCUGGCUGGCUGUAGAUAAUGUGGCUCACACCGUCAAGCGGGCAUGGGAGGCCAAUCAGCAUGAGCUGCGAUAUCAAAAGAAUUGGCUGGAAAAAGAAUGUAUUGCCUGGCUAAAGAGAUUCCACAGUUACAUCCACCCUAUCCUGAAGCCAUCUCUUUAG